UCCUCUCACUAAUUGCCAUCCUCCUCUUUGCUUUAUAUCUUAUCUUCCUUUAAUUUAUGAUCACACAUAAGUUAACAACUCUGAAGCACCAUCGAUGGGAUCUAAUGUGCACGUUCCGUUCAAGACCGAAACGACGUCGGUUUGGACGGAUGAAAUGCACGUGCAAUUCCUGAAGACGAUGGAAGCCUCAUUCAUCCGUAAAAUGCUACAACAAAACCGUGACGGUUGUUCCCGCCUCAAGCGCCAACUCCCAGAUAAGAAAAUAGCAUCCUCAGAUUCAAUGGUUCCAAGCACCAAAAUCGCAAGUAGUAAAAGGACGAGGAGGAGAUUGAUUGAAGUGCACAACUCAUCACUAGAGCAGGUGGUCCCUCAGCUAGAAAAUGGAAAAGAAGGUGCUUCAGCUUCUUGUGUUGCAGUUGACGUUGAUGAGGAACACAGUAGAAGUGAUUAAUUAUUUUUGUACUUCUUCCCAACAUGCCAGCAAAUUAAUUUAUUAUGGGAUUUUUCUUUUUUAUUU